GGAUGGUCCAUCUUCUGUACCUAAAUUCCGAUUUCAAACAUUCCUAAAACCGUUUAGCGACCGUUAAACCUCAGACUUUUGGCGCCAAUGAAGGGAAAUGAAUCACUCAAUCUUACAGCUUCUCAACAAAACCCAUUGUCUGAAAUCACUGAAAUCUAUCCACUCCCAUCUAAUACUCAACAAUACACUCACCUCAUCAGACCUUAUUCUCAACAAACUUCUCCGUCUAUACUCACGCUUUGGUGCCAUAGAUUAUGCUUGCAAACUGUUCGAUAUUAUUCCCCAGCCAAAUCCAUUUCUUUGGACAUCGUUGAUUCAUGGGUUCGUUGAGAAUUUUCGAUAUACCGAAGCUUUUUAUACGUUUAUGAGAAUGCAUAGUGAGUCUGUGGCACCGAUGAAUUUUACUAUUGCGUCAGUUCUUAAGGGUUUAGCCCGUGAAAAGAGAGUAAAAGAAGGGGAAAAAAUUUAUGGAUUUAUGGUAAAGAGUGGUUGGGGUUCUGACUUGAUAGUGCAAAAUGCGGUUCUCGAUUUGUUCAUUAGAUGUGGGGAAGUGGAUUUUGCAAGAAGGUUAUUUGAUGAGAUGGAGGAAAAAGAUGUUGUUUCAUGGAAUACUAUGGUUUCGGGUUAUGGUAAUAAUGGUAGAGUUGAGAUUGCACGCGCAUUGUUUAAUGAGAUGACUGAGAGGAAUGUGGUUUCUUGGACAAGCAUAAUUAAUGUGUAUGCUAAGUGUGGAAACAUGGUGGAGGCCAGGGUUCUUUUUGAUAAAAUGCCUAAUAAAGACCUUGUGUCAUGGAAUGUGAUGGUUUCUGGAUAUGUUAAUGCUGGUGAUCCUGUCAGUGCUCGCUUUAUUUUUGAAGCAAUGCCAAUUCGUGGUAUUGAGACUUGGAAUUUAAUGAUUUUAGGGUUUUGUAAAGCAGGGGAGAUUGAACUUGCUAAAGAUUAUUUUAACAGAAUGCCAGAGAGAAAUGAUGUGUCGUGGACCAUAAUGGUAGAUGGAUAUAUUAAAUCUGGAAAUAUUGAUCAUGCAAGAUGCUUUUUUGAUCAGAUGCCAGCGAAGAAUCUGGUCUCUUGGUCGACAAUGAUCAGUGGUUAUGCCAAAAAUGGGCAGCCUCGUAAUGCAUUGGAGUUAUACAAUUGCUUGAAAGGUCAAGGGAUCAAGCCAGAUGAGACUUUUAUAUUGGGAAUCAUCUCGGCUUGCUCACAGUUAGGGGUUAUAGAUACAGCUGAAUCAAUAAUUUGCGACUUUGUCGGGCCUUCACUUUUUUCUAAUUUGAGGGUAGUAACCAGUUUGAUAGACAUGUAUGCAAAAUGUGGAAGCAUUGAGAAGGCUGUGAAAGUCUUUCAGAUAGUUAAUGAAAAGGAUUUGCUAUGUUAUAGUACCAUGAUUGCAGCCUUCGCAAAUCACGGAUUAGUCCAAGAUGCCAUUUCUUUGUUUGCUGAGAUGCAAAGGGCAAAUAUAAAACCUGAUGGAGUGGCUUUUCUUGGGGUUUUGACUGCAUGCAACCAUGGGGGUCUUGUAAAUGAGGGCAGGCUGUACUUCGAGCAAAUGAAAAGCAAAUAUGGAAUUCAGCCUUCAGAAAAGCACUAUGCAUGUGUUGUGGACCUUCUGGGUCGUGCUGGGUGCCUUGAAGAGGCACACAAGCUUAUAAGCAACAUGACAAUUGCUCCUCAUUCAGUUGUAUGGGGUGCUUUACUUGCAGCUUGUAGGAUCCAUUGCAAUGUCCAAUUGGCUGAAGUUGCAGCAGCUGAGUUAUUCAAGAUUGAGCCUGAUAAUUCUGGUAAUUAUGUUCUUUUAUCUAAUAUUUAUGCUGCUGCUGGGAUGUGGGAUGGCGUUGCUAGAGUAAGAGCAAUGGUCAGGGAGCAUCGAGUCAGAAAGAAUAGGGGUUCUAGCUGGAUUGAGUUGGGAUUUAUCGUCCAUGAAUUUGUUACGGGAGAUACUUCACAUUUUGAUUCAGAAAACAUAUACUUUAUCUUGGAGUUACUCAGUGAAGAUAUGAAACUUUUAGGAUAUAUAAUGGACUCUAAAGAGACAGAAAAAAGUUGUGUUGUUGUGGUGCCACUAUCUCCUUUUGGUGCAUGCUAAGGCUAGUGUUUAAGCAGUUGGAACUUGAAAUUAGUCAGAAGUGCGUAAUUUUUUUCAACUAUAGUGCUCAUCUGACUAGAAUUAACAGCACUAUCAAUCCAGGGCACAAUUGUACACUCAGCUCAAAUCAGAUAACCGAUGUGCUUCUGUCCAGGAACAGAGUGAUGUAAAAAGAUAACAGACUGAUAUGCUGCUACAUGUUUGCAGUUAAAAGAUAUGCCUUUUUUGGCAUUCUGACUGGGUGAU